AUGGAUCACGCAAUCAUCGCAGCGAAAAUGACGUACAUCAAAUACCACUCCGCUAUCGUCCACAACUUCAAUGAUUCAGGUGAGUUCUCCAUCAAAGACCUUCCGCUCAUUGAUGCCCCCAAUACCAAAGGCAAGAAGUUCAAGGAGUUCUUCCACAUCGUAGAGGGGGUUUCUGCUGCAGAUUGCGAUAUCAUCCGCAAUGUCUACAACUCGGACCCGCCCAAGGUUAACGAGCUACCUGACUCAGUGCGUCCUCGUGAUGCCCUUGGAGACUCCUGCGUAUUGCAAAUGGCCCUAUCCCCUGAGCAGGACGGCAAGUACACGGUACUCAAGUUCUUUCACUCCUCCGCUUUCAUUCCUCUGGGACUUGCCAAAGCCUUCUGUGCACAUAAGGUAAGGGUCAUCAACUACCAGGUCGCGAACAACAACGAUCACGUCAAGUGCGCUUUCCUCUACAUGCUUAACCGCAUCCAGGGAGAGCAAUGGUUGACGCAAUCAUUGGUGAACAAGGUGUCUGCCAAAGCCAUGAAGAAGGACGACUCGGGUGAUGGGAAAAACUGGGAGCCCAGUGACAACGAGCUACGUGAGGGUAUCGCCUUUAUCAACCACUACGCGCCUCUGUCCAACACCAAGAACGAACAGUUCUUGUGGUGUCUACUCAAUGUUCGCGACCGCGAGUCUCCCAUCUAUGGCUGGCCCCACCAUGUUGUCAACAAAGCUUGCAUCAAUCGGUCCACGGGCAACUCACAAAGUGAUCCAGAAUAUUUCUUUCCACUUCUACUACAGGACUUGGACCAAAGCUUUUUGGAGAAGGUCGUGCCGCUGGUGAUGCCCACUAUGACUGGGCAUGGGCUUAUCCUUUUGGGCCGUGCAGGUGUUGGAAAAACGCCCACUGCCAUCAUCCUCGCGAUGGCCGUCGCCCGCCACCUCGUGGUAACUCGUGGUCUUGAUGGCCACAUUCCUGGAUUUAGAAGAUCGAAGCAGAUCGACGGAUUCCGGGAAAGGCCUGGCGAGUUGCAUGUACCGGUUCUCCUCGAUGACCCCUUGUUGCACUCCAUGAACAUGGAGGAUAUCAAAUCCUUUCUCGAUGUGGCCGAGAACACCCUGGUGGAUGCCCGGUAUAGGGCCGCCAAGUUUGUCCGCAACCAAGUCCGCAUUCUCCUCAACAAUGAAUGGGGGGCGGAGAAGGAGCCACGAAUGACCAUGGGCGACAAGAUUGAUUGGCAGGCCUUCCAUGAUAUGUUCAGUCCUACAGUCAAUAAUGCUUCGCUUCCCCACCUCAUGGCCAUUCUGAAGCGGGCUUCGGUGGUCAUUGCCGGUGAAUUGGCCAUUUAUGUUCGCUUGGCAAGCGAGCAGCCGGACCAGGUCAUACACCGGUUCGGUUCCUGUUCCAUGCUGAAGGAUUGGUUGAAGCGCAACAACAAGAAGUUCUACAACUUCUACAAGGAAGGCCAGCAUGUGAAAUUCCCCGGCUAUGAGGAAGCUCUUGAAGCUGAGGCCAAUUUGGUGAGCGAGUUACUUGCUUCUCCUUCCGAGAAGGAGUAUUUGGCCAGGGGGCGGUCCCACGAUCAGUGGGCUGAGGCUUAUGGCGGGCCACUGACCACGCCAAGAGGCAACAUGUCGACGGCGGCUACCACCAAUAGUCCAGCGAUUACAUCACCCCCUGCCAAGCAACAGAGGGUCGAGCACGACGAGGAUGCGGACGAAGAGGCCGUGAACCAUUUUGACCACGCAGAUCCUCUGACAAGGACCGUUAACGGAUGCCCGUUGGAAAACCAGAGUCACGAGAUCAAUGCCAUCCUCUACGGCAUGAGCGGAAUGGAACGCAUUAUCGUGAAGAGCUUCCGCUGUUCCAGCUUCGGGUGCAGGAAAACGUACGGGCCAAAUUUUGUUUGGGAUCUCUCUCACAAGUACAACACUGCCACCCCCAAGGACAUUGAAGAGAUCGGGGCUUACUUUGUGGGGACGAAGAUUGGCUUUACGGCGGACUACUUGAAGUACCAUAGCUUCUUGGAGUUCCGCGCCUCUGUGUCUGCUAUGGCAAUUAAGCACACAUACCAGCACACUUUCAACACCGCUCAUGGAGAGCAGUCAAACUGGUUUGCAAAGAUGCACGCCUCCGCCAUUAUGUCGUGGAUAGCCGUCCAGGAACUAUAUCCACUACAGCUACAUCUCAGCAUCAAGAUCGGCGACGAGGUCACGCCUCAUGCUCUCCAAGCAUACCAUGAACACCUCCAUCUCAAGGUCUUUCCACCGAAGCACAAGAAUACAGUCAAAGAGCUUGUCGCCGAUGGGCAUCAGAAAGUCCACAUCAAAUGCGCAAAUUCGCGCAAGCAUGCAGGCAAACCUCCCAGCCAUGGUCGCAUAAAGCCGUUUGGCCAUGGUUGGUUCAUGUUGGUCCAUCCUCGUGAUCUUCGCAUUCUGGCUGUCAGAUCCAUGUCUGUUCCGGAGAACAAUGAGAUCCUCUAUAAGUCGCUCCUCGAAAUCUUGCCUUUGUACAAGCACCUGGAUGGCCUAAUCAUGGACCGUGCUUGUGGCUUCUUGCCCACAGCCAAGGCUGACAAGAACCUGAAACAAAUCAAAUACUGGAGCAUCGACGGCUUCCACGCCAAGGGCCACACCAAAGGAUGUCCUUGCAACCCCAUCUACAAGAAGAGGUUGGCCAAAAGGUUCAAGGGGGUAAACUCCUCGGCGUGUGAACAAGUCUUUUCGUGGUUUAGAGGGUACGCACGACUUCUCAACGAGAGUUCCCCUCUGCGCCAUAGUUUCAAGGUGUUGUACUUUGUGAAGUUGCAUAAUUGUGCAGUGGAGCAGAAGCAGUCCAUGUACCUGAAUCGCUAUGUUCGCUCCGGUAAGAAAGCCAAGCGACCGUACUCAUGUGGCAAGAAGACAGUCGCUAAAAAGCGACCUGCAGCAGCCAUGAGCUAA